AGCCUGAGCCGGGCGGCCCCACUCCCCGCCAUGCUGCGUGCGCCCCCGGCCAUGAUCCAGCCGCCACUGGACAUCAAGCACUUCCUGCCCUUCCCCAUGGAGGCGCAGCCGGCCGUGGGCCUGUUCCCGGGAUUCAGCACGAUGGAUCCGGUGCAGAAGGCGGUGAUUAACCACACCUUCGGGGCGCCCCUCAGCAAGGCCCGGCGCCCCGUCAUCUCCUGCAACGUCUGCCAGAUCCGCUUCAACUCGGAGAGCCAGGCCGAGGCGCACUACAAGGGGAACCGACACGCCCGGCGCGUCAAGGGCAUGGAGGCGGCCAAGACGCGGCAGAAGGAGUCGGGGCCCCGCGAGGGCGACAAGCCGGGGCCCCCCCCCCCGCCAGGGGAGCUCCCCCUCACUGUCCCCCCUCCCCGCCCAGGUACCAAGCACAAAACCAUCCUGGAGGCGCGCAGCGGGCUGGGGCCCAUCAAGGCGUACCCACGGCUGGGCCCCACGGCCAGCGGGGAGCCAGGCAGCCAGGACCCCAACGCUCAGGAGCGCACCUUCCACUGUGAGAUCUGCAAUGUCAAGGUCAACUCGGAAAUCCAGCUCAAACAGCACAUUUCCAGCCGGAGACACCGGGAUGGGGUAGCCGGGAAGCCCAACCCCCUGCUGAGCCGGCACAAGAAGCAGCGCAGCUCAGCCGAGCUGGGGGGCCCCCUGGCCUUCCCCAAGGACCUGCCCAAGUCGCUGGCGGCCGGACUCCUGCCCAGCCCCUUGGCCAUGGCAGCAGCGAUGGCAGCCGCGGCCUCCGCCCCCCUGACGCUGCGCCCAACGCCCCCACUCCUGCAGGGGCCCCCCCUAACGCACCCACUGCUGCGUCCAGCCCCGGGGCCCAUCAGAACUGCUCACGGGCCCAUCCUCUUCUCGCCGUACUGA